AUGGAUUAUCUUACUGAUAUAAAACAUGAAAAAGCAUUUAUGAUUGUGUCUGAUGCUCUUGGUCAACAAGUCAUGCCUCUCAUCGAACAGAUACCGCAGCUUCAUGCGAUCUAUAUAUUUUGUGGUGAUCAGACGAGACAUGAACACUGGAUAAAAGACUAUUACAAAGUGAAGGGCAUCUUUACUCGAAUUGAACCUUUAUGUGAUAUACUCAAACGAGAUAUUCGUCAGACUGAUAUUUAUUUUACACCAAUUAGCAUCGUUUCUGUAUCAUCUGCCAUUGAUUUAAAUCAACUUGAUCAAUCAUUUAUGUAUUCACAAUUACUCAAAGAAAUCCUUCUCGAAAUGGAAUAUGAUGAAAAAGCAAAGACAGAAUUCAUUGAAUUCUGUCAAAUACAACACGUUGACAAUGAGUCAUCACUUCAUGUAAUUGAUGAAUUCGAACGAAAGUAUGAUCGACCAUCGCCAAUAUGGUGGUACACUCGAGACUGUUUCAUUUAUUCGAUGCUCAACAAAGCACUUCGUACUCAAGAUACCGAAAUUAUCAUCAAGAUGGGCUUUUUUCUUCGUGAUCUUCAUCGACAAAUUGAACAGCUGCAUUCAAAUUCAAAGAAUCGAAGUUUGUUGACAGUCUACCGAGGACAAGGCAUGUUCAGGGCUGAAUUUGAACAGAUGAGAAAGAGCAAAGGCGGUCUUCUUUCGUUUAAUAAUUUUCUUUCUACAAGUACUGAUCGACAACUCUCGUUUAUGUAUGCGGACAGUACUCGCGAAAAUGAAGAACUAAUAGGUGUUCUCUUUCAAAUGGAAAUCGAUCCAUCGAUCUCCACGACGCCGUUUGCAUCACUGGACGAUAUGCGUCAAAAUUAUGAAAAAAAUCCACGAAAAUCACUUGCCAACACAACUGAAGAUUAG